GACUCACUUGUCCUGGGUUUUUGUGUUUAUUUUCCGGAGGAUACAAGUCUCAGAUCUGGACUCUCUUCCCUGAAUUUGCUGAAAGCAGAGGAAGAGGAUUGUUGGGUUAUCCCCACGAGGCAGAAAGAGACAGGACAUCCCGGAUCAAACCCCCUUGUUACCAGCCUUCGGAGUCCUUGCCACAGUUUGGCGCAGCGCCUGCGUGAUCUGUUUAAUGUCUGUCCCCUCCGAGCCGUAACCCCCACCCGAAGAACCCCGCUGUGUUGCACACUGCUCUACCUCCAGAAGCUGGCACCCUCCCUGGCACAUGGCAGGCUCUACUGACGGUGAGCAUUGGUGCCUGAGAGCCAGCUCUGUCUCCCUGCCUGCCCACUCAAGUGGCGAUUCCCUGGAGUUGUCUGUGCCCUCUGGAGCCUCAGCAGAUCCUUCUUUCGGAACUCACUACCGAGAGCCCUGAACAGAAGCCACCAUGCAGUGCUUCGGCUUCAUUAAAACCAUGAUGAUCCUCUUCAAUUUCCUCAUCUUUCUGUGUGGUGUUGCCCUGUUGGCAGUGGGCAUCUGGGUGUCAGUCGAUGGGCCAUCUUUCCUGAAGAUCUUUGGGCCGCUGUCAUCCAGUGCCAUGCAGUUCGUCAACGUCGGCUACUUCCUCAUCGCAGCCGGUGCUAUACUCUUCGCUCUUGGUUUCCUGGGCUGCUACGGUGCUCACUCGGAGAACAAGUGCGCCCUCAUGAUGUUCUUCUUGAUCCUCCUCCUCAUCUUCAUCGCGGAGGUGGCAGCUGCCGUGGUGGCCCUGGUGUACACUACGAUGGCCGAGCACUUCCUGACGUUGCUGGUCGUGCCCGCCAUCAAGCAGGACUAUGGCUCCCAGAAGGACUUCACGCAAGUGUGGAACAGCACCAUGGCAGGGCUCGGGUGCUGUGGCUUCAACAACUACACGGACUUUGAGGGCUCCCCCUACUUCCUGAAGAACCAUACCUUUCCCCCAUACUGUUGCUCCAACAGUGGCAACGGCACAGCCACAGAAGCCUGCACGGAGGAGAGGGCUAAGGACAACAUUGUACAGGGUUGUUUCAGUCAGCUUCUGUAUGACCUCCGGGCCAAUGCGGUCACUGUGGGGGGCGUGGCAGCCGGAAUCGGGGCCUUGGAGCUGGCUGCCAUGAUUGUGUCCAUGUAUCUGUACUGCAAUCUGAAAUAAGUCUGCUCUGCCUCCGCCACUGCUGCUGCCACACACGAACUGAGGAGAGGCACCCUGGCACUGCCAGGUGGCAGUGAUUAGGGUGGGGACAGGAUCUAACAGUGUCACUUGGGCCAGAGUGGGCCGGCCUUGCUGCUCUGGACUGGGGGCCAAAUAGGGGAUCGCCCCCUUCAAGCUGUGCCUGACUUUUCCUUCCAUUGGUGGGCUUGGGGCCUGAAGCAGCCAGUUCUCCUGCCCAACCUCCAGUCUGUCCCUGAAACGCUUGACACCGCCUCAGGCCCAGGUGUGCUCUUGCUGAUCCCAGCAGCCUCCUGGGGGAUGAGAGAAAGACACCCUAUAGUACGGGCAUGUGCAAAACCAGCAGUCACCAGGCGGAUAUGUAGAAGGCACUUCAGAACCCAAUACCCAAUUAAAAUGUCUACAUUUGGAA